AUGAGUACGAUACGGGGCGGUCCUCCAGUUGAGUCUAGGGACGUUAUCAUUGGAAGCAAGCUCCGCGACCUUGGAGUGACACUUUGUCUCUUUGGUUUGGACGAUAUGGGAACUUAUCUUAAAGAGAUAAGUAACUCGCCAGAAAGUAUCGCAGUGUUUUUCGAAUCAAUCACAACGAAGAUAAAACGCGGGACUCGACCUCCAACACCUCCUUCAAGAGCAGUCUUUGCUAGUUUCGAGAAGAACAAAGAAAGGCUGUCGGAAGAACAAGUUACUAAACUUGUCAAUCUUACAAGCAGCUGGGACAUCGAUGACCAAGGCCUUGAAGACCUUAAAGCUUUGGCGAAAAUCUGGACCUCUACACCUUCUGCCUUUUUUGAGGCAAAUAUACCUUCUCUCAGCGGGAACGAUGGGCUGAUAGAACUUUGCUUCGGUGAUGCCAACCAUAUUGAAGACACAGGUAGCACUCGUCGAAAACUGGACAAUAUUCUUCUCGACAGAGCUCUCAAGCACAAAGAGAAAUGCUUACGUGAGAGAUAUAAGAAUGGCGAUAGAAGCGGCAGAAAGACGUGUAGAACAAAUCGCUCCUGGGCGGUGGACGAGUUUAUCCACCGUCGUUUUGGCGGCAUUCCGGAGAAGGAAAGAAAGUCGAAAUACGCUAGAAUGAAGGCACUACGUAUUUCUGGGUCCAAAUGGAACCUGAUUGAGCCUCGCUGGAUGGUCCUUGCGCUAAAAGACGCAAAGACAAACUGGUACGUGGAGCACAUUAGCUGCACCGACAAUUUUACUGAUAGCUAG